UAGUUCAGCCGUUCUCUGAGCUGGAACGUCUUCUUGUUUCGCUUCAUAAAUCGGACGAGAGAUAUAACAUUUUGUCAAUGAAAUAAAAUUUCACAGAAAACGACUAAGUUUUGAACAAAAAAAAGGUUUUCUUUGGAUAUUGUGUUUUUGUAUGUCGAAAAAAAAAACAAUUUUACGGUGAGGUGUACUUGUGAAAUUGGUUUAUUCAUAAAAGAGAAAUAAUAAAAUUGUUGAAAGAAAUAUAAGUGAAAAACGUUCGCUAGCUUAUUGUAAUAUGCGGUGUAUGUGUUUAGUUUAGGUGUUUUUUUACUCUUCGUGUUUGUCGUAGAUAAAAAUUCAUCUUGAAACCAAUUCGUAGUGACUUUAUUAGAGAGAAAUUUAAAAAAAACUACUUGUAUGAAUAUGCGGACGUGUUAUAUGAAAACAAAAAUCCGAGAUUGUUAAACAAUCAAAUUCGAAUUUAAGGAGAAAUUCACUUUUCAACUUUUCUGACUGAUGUGCAGAGUGAUCGACGUUUAUAUAAAAUUCAAAAAAUUUGUGUUUCACCGCACAAAACUCCAUUAACCUCAACGCCUGUAUCAUUAACUUGAUUUUUUCAAUGUAAAAAGACAAUAUUUUACAAUAAAAUGCAUCAACAGUGGAACUGUCGAAAGAAUAACCAAAAUUGUCCAGCCGGAAACAUUUUUUAAUUGAUAUUCAUCUCACAUGGGUCAUCGGCAGAGCAAAAAUCAGCGACCGCUAGCUUUACCGAAAAACGAUAAACGCGCUAAAGAUAGACCGAGCAAACGAGCGUCAGCGUUACGAUCCUCAAUCAUCAUUAAAAUUCGUAUGCUUAAAAUGGAAUCAAAAGAUUUAACAAAUAAUUUAAACGUGAAAUGCGAUCAAAGAAGUAAGUGCUCUUGUAACGAUAAUAAUGGACACCAAUCAACAAACCCAAGUUUUAAUAAUCAAAACACAACGAUAACAACGUUACCGUCACCACAAAAUCAGUAUAUUCAACCGGAUGCACAAUCCAAUAAAAUGAAGAAUGAAGAAAUUGAGCAUCUUGAAGACCGGAUUAAUCAAAUUAACAAUGACAAUAGUACGACGUUUGUAGCUCGACGCAAUCAGUAUAAUAAUCGUUCCAGCAACAGCAUCAACAACAAUAUUAUCAACGACAAUGAGAUAAACAGCGAUGCCAUUGGCCGCAAUGAAACGGAGGGAAAAGCAUCAGCCAUCUGUGAUAACGUAACAUCAGAAUCCGAUCGAAUACAAAUGGAAUUGAAGAACAUCGGUGUGAACAAUUACAAACGAAGCAAUUUAAUGAUGCAUCGUGGAUGUGACAUCAGAAAUAUCCCAAAUGCGAUGCUUUUGUCAUCGUUGGAUCAGCAAUUCGUUGAUAGUAUGCCAGCGAACACAAAAACUAUGAACAAUUCCAGUAUUUAUCCAAAUGCCAAUAACGCAACAACAGUAACAACACCGUCCACAAGCAAAGGGCCAGAUUAUAUUCCGAUGGCUCCAAUUAAGUCUAGCGAUAAGAUUGCAACCGAACAAAAUUUCCUCACCAACGGCGAUAGCGAGCUGGCCAAUUCUUUUAUGCAAAUGGGUCUUCCAUCGAAUGAUGAUUGCACAAAGGAUCCAAAGGACAAAGAGACCAAAAGCAAAAUAACCAAUUGGUCGAAGAAAUUUAACUGCGUCAAAAUUUUGAGUCCGAAAUCAUCAUCACAUAUCCAGCCACAACAGCAGCAACAUCAGCCGUCGUCAUCCAGGUCACAACGGCAAACCGGUUCGACGGACACGAACAACUCUAUCGUUAGGCAUUCAGAUACCAGGGCACACAGCGAUCAUAGAAUGGCAGCUGAAGCGGUAAAAAGACUGCUGGACAUGGAAAAAUUCAAUCCCUUAGAAUAUCCAACUGAAGAUUGUGACGAAGUAGCUCGAGUGCAACGUGCCCGUGAAAUACACGAAGGUGUGGAUCCACCACCGGGAUAUCGAACAAUUUGCACAGAUCCGGUUUAUGUGGCUGCUGAUCCAUCGUUGGACAAUCGUUUAUCUACCUGCUCCGCCGAUGAUAGAGACAUAAUGAAUGCGAUACGGUCGAUACCAGAUGGUCAUAUUGACGGCACUAGCAUUUUAAACACCUCAGACACUUUUCCCAAUAAUUUGUUCAAUUCGGUUGAUCAACAGCCGAGAGUCAUACACUCUCAGGUGGAUUUUAUUCAUUGUCUUGUACCUGACUUACGAAAGAUUACAAAUUGUGGCUUCUACUGGGGCAAAAUGGAUCGUUACGAAGCGGAACGAUUGCUGGAAGGGAAACCAGAAGGUACAUUUUUGCUUCGUGAUUCGGCGCAAGAAGAGUUCCUAUUUUCCGUAUCAUUCCGGAAGUACGGAAGAUCGUUGCAUGCCCGCAUUGAACAAUUCAAUCACAAAUUCAGUUUCGACUGCCAUGAUCCUGGAGUCUUUACAUCACCCGAAGUUACUGGUUUACUGGAACAUUACAAGGAUCCGGCCUGCGUUAUGUUCUUCGAACCGGCGCUAACCCAACCGUUAAACCGUAAUUUCUGUUUCACACUACAGCAGCUAUGCCGAUCGUUAAUCGUAAGCAGUACAACAUAUGACGGAGUCAAUGACUUACCUCUGCCCAGCACACUAAAGUCAUACUUAAAGGAAUACCACUACAAACAGCGCGUUCGAGUGAGACGCUACGACCAAUAAUCAGAAGAAAAAAGGAAAAUACAAAUUUUUACUUGAAAGGAGUAUACGGUGAUCGGACCGCAAACGGCGGUAUUCGAUCGAAAUUUGUAAACAGAAUACCCAUACGGUAGAAUCUCCUGAUUAUUAGUUUUUUCUUUUCUUUUUAAUUUAUUUGAUUUGUACAUAAUAAUGGGCUAAUUUUAGAUUUUUAAUCAUAUUUUUUUACAGAAUUUUAAUGAUCAUUUUGCUUUUUAAAAGUUGACGUUAAAUUGA